AUGGAAAUAGCUGUGAUAAACUUCAUCAUCCUGGGAGUCAUCUCAGGUUUAACUAAAGGAGCUGGUGUGCUGCCAGACGAUCCUCUGCAUAGAGCUGUUGGAGAGACUGUGAUGUUCACCACAACACUGAAUCCACCAGAAAACCCAUUUGUAUCAGUAAACUGGGAAUUUGGAAGUAAAAACAUAAUCACUUACAGUGGUAUAAACAACACUGCACCAGAGUAUGAAGGCAGGAUCACCCUCUUCAUGUCUACUGGAUCUCUGCAGCUCAGGAAUCUGACUCUUAAUGACGGUGGAAUAUACAGCGUUACCAUUAUUCCACUUGGACAACCGCAGACAAAUGGGAACACAAGACUGGACAUUCAUGAGGAAGUUUCCAAUGUAAUGGCAACUGCCAGCAGCACACAUUUGGUGGAGUUCAACAGCUCUGUCCAUCUGUCCUGCUCCUCCACUGGAUCCUCUCUCUCUUUCCUCUGGCUGAACAGCAGCUCUGAGGUUACAGCCAGCGACAGAGUUCAGCUCACUGAUGGAGGCGCCAAUCUCACUAUAGUUAACGUGACCCGCUACGACCAGGGACCAUUCAUGUGUCAUGUGUCCAAUCCUGUCAGUAAUGGCACCAGUGAUCCAGUAAACCUCACCAUCAACUAUGGCCCAGAAAAUAUCAAUUUGAUAAUAUCUCCGUCACAAGAGCACUAUGUUGAAGGGUCAGACAUCAGCCUGAUGUGCUCAGCUGUCUCCAGACCUUCUGCCCAGUUUCAGUGGUUUCUGAAUGGAGACCUGCAGUCUGAUACUGGACCAGAGCUCAGACUGAUGAACAUUCAGAUGAGACACAGUGGGAACUACAGCUGUCAGGCUUUUAACAACAAAACUAUGAGAUAUGAAAAGACUCAGCUGUCCAUUGUCUCUGUACUGGAGAGAAUAUCUGGUGCUUCAAUCACACCGUCAACAAACCUGCCAAUUGAGGGGGAAUCUGUCAACUUAACCUGUGAUGCUGCUGGCUCUGUGUUUACCAGAAAGUGGAUGAAGGGAGGCUCAGAUCUGAUCCCGGCUGUAAACAUGACCCUUCACGACAAUAACAGAGUGCUGUCUUUCAGCAGUCUGAAUAAACAAGACGAUGGAGAAUAUUCCUGUGAAGUCAGCAACCCCCUCAGCAACAAUGAAGCUAAUUUCACCAUGGUUGUUUACUAUGGACCAGACAAUGUUCAAAUCAGAGGUCCAAAUGAGCUUCCUUUGAAAGAGACCUUAACAUUAACCUGCUCUGCUGAGUCUGUACCUGCUAGUUACACCUGGAUACUGAAUGGAAAACAGAUACACCAUUCUGCCAUUUAUACUAAAAACAACACUGAACCUUCUGACAGUGGAAACUACAUCUGUGUAGUGAUGAAUGAUCAUACUUGGAGAAUAUCAGCAGCAGUCCAUGGAUUGACUGUAACAGUGCCAGUUUCCAAUGUAAUGGCAACCGCCAGCAGCACAGAUUUGGUGGAGUCCAGCAGCUCUGUCAGUCUGUCCUGCUUCUCCUCUGGAUCCUCUCUCACUUUCCUCUGGCUGAACAGCAGCUCUGAGGUUACAGCCAGCGACAGAGUUCAGCUCACUGAUGGAGGCACCAAUCUCAUUAUAGUUAACGUGACCCGCUACGACCAGGGACCAUUCAGGUGUCAUGUGUCCAAUCUCGUCAGUAAUGGCACCAGUGGACCAAUAAACUUUAACAUCAGCUAUGGCCCAGAAAAUAUUAAUUUGACAAUAUCUCCGUCACAAGAAUACUUUGUGGAAGGGUCAGACAUCAGCCUGGUGUGCUCAGCUGACUCCAGCCCUUCUGCCCAGUUUCAGUGGUUUCUGAAUGGAAACCUGCUGUCUGAUACUGGACCAGAGCUCAGACUGAUGAACAUUCAGAUGAGUCAGAGUGGGAACUACAGCUGUCAGGCCUUUAACAGCAAAACUCUGAGAUAUGUAACUUCUCAGCCUGCAGCCAUCUCUGUACUGAAGCGUGUUGCCAAUGUUGUGGUAACUUCAAACACAACAGACUUGUUGGAGUUCAACAGCUCUGUCAGUCUGUCCUGCUCCUCCUCUGGACUCUUCCUCUCUUUCCUCUGGCUGAACAGCAGCUCUGAGGUUACAGAAAGUGACAGAGUUCAGCUCACUGAUGGAGGCUCCACUCUCACUAUAGUCAGUGUGACCCGCUAUGAGCAGGGACCAUUCAGGUGUCAUGUGUUUAAUCCUGUAAGCAAUGGCACCAGUGAUCCAGUAAACCUCACCAUCAACUAUGGCCCAGAAAAUAUUAAUUUGACAAUAUCUCCGUCACAAGAGCACUAUGUUGAAGGGUCAGACAUCAGCCUGUCCUGCUCAGCUGUCUCCAGACCUUCUGCCCAGUUUAUGUGGUUCUGAAUGGAGACCUGCAGUCUGAUACUGGACCAGAGCUCAGACUGAUGAACAUUCAGAUGAGUCAGAGUGGAAACUACAGCUGUCAGGCCUUUAACAACAAAACUAUGAGA